GUCCCCUCCCGAAGUUCACCCUUGGCCAACACACACAUUUCAUCAUCUCAGUUUGCGUCGUACGUCUGGUGAUCAGUCAGAGGCUCCUUUCGAACCUUCCUGCGAUUCAAUCUCUCUGCCCAAAGCACAUAAUACUUGUCGAUAGAUAUCCCUUUAGUCUUCGCUACGUGAAGCUGCCGCAUGCGAGCACUCACGCUGGGGCCGUCAAUGAAAUACCACCCACCGUCCUCAUCUGACUCGUCGAGAGACUUCCAGAUAGUUAUGGAUAAUACGUCGUCCAGCAUCGACGCCCGCCGCAACCUUGAAUCGCACGGAGAAAUCACCAUCUCGCUCCAUUUCGGUAUUAAACGCAAGUCUCUGUUCAAUUUCUGAGCGAACGAGAAAUUAGAGACCGAAGUAUCAGUAACCGGCACACAAAUAAAUACCAUGCCAGCGAACAGAAUCCGGGUGGCCAAGGGCUCCUGCUGGCCCUGCAAGAAGAGGCGCGUCAAAUGCGAUCUUGCGAAGCCGACCUGUCGACGAUGUGCCGCAGCCGGCGCCACAUGCGACUAUAACAGCCGGCUGAUAAGGUGGAGCACGCGGCAGAGCGCCCACGUGCCGCCCGCGUGUGGAAGAAUCUCCAGGAGCGAGGUGUGUCUCACCGUAUCCCUUGACGCUUGCGAGCGUCAGGCCCUAGACUACUUCCACCGGCGGGUGUGGCCCCUCCUCUCCACGUCCAAGGAUCCAUGUGCUGCCCCGACACCGGUCGCCCUGGAGCACCGCGUUGUCCUUCUCGCGGCUUGUGUACUGUCCGAUUCGCACAAGCGGCUGCAGGACGGCGCUUUCAGCGACAACAAUAGUCCCAGCGAAAGGCGUCUGGAGUGUCUGUCUGCUGUGCGAACCGAAAUCGGCGGCUGCUGCGUCGACGUGAAAGGGACUGGUCCUCUCGUGGCACUCCUGUUUGCUGUCAUCUUGCUGCAUUUCGAUGAUGGUUACGUGGGUUGCACCUCGAGGACGGCGUCGACAUCCAGCCACUACAGCGGCGUUCUGGCCAUUAUCCAGCGCCUCGGUGGCAUCUAUCCUGUGCUGAGGACAGCCCCUGAGCCGCUGCACAUGCUGAUCUCCGAGUUCGUCACCACGGACCUCACGGCGUCGAUCAUUCGGGGACGGUCUCCGGUCUUCCCGCCGGAGGUGUGGGACGUCAUUGAUCAGGGACCAGUAUGGUGGAGCAAGGACCCCUUGGGCCGGGUAUCACUUGCAUCCGUCUUUCGUGAAAUGGCGAGCAUGAGCCUGUAUCUCGCGGCUGUCACCACCAUGGCCCAAGACUUCUCCAUCGAACGAGUCCGCCGCUUCGAAAAUGCCCUCCGUCCCGUGUACGCUCCGCUGACCAUGGAGGACAGUGACUGCCAGAGCAUGUCCUCGGAUUCAUCCGGCGAAAUGUCAGACACGGAGAUGGAAGCAGUGCAUGCGUUCACUCUUAUUCGUGCCUUUCAACAUGCCGCCCUGCUGUAUCUCUACAGGGCCAUCUGUGGUCUCCCCACGCGACACGCGCUCGUGCAGCAGCACGUCAAGUCCUGCCUGGGAAGUAUCUUUGAAAUUCCGCGGCAGGCCAAGGUCCUGAAUUGUGUCAUCUUUCCCCUGUUUCUUGCUGGGUGCCACGCCGUGUCUGCAGAGGACCAGGUGGCGGUAAUGAGCAUGGUUGACUUGUUGUAUGAUCACAUGCGAUUUGCUUCGAUCGAGGCCGUGAGGUCUGUUUUCAAGGCAAAUUGGUGCUCUACACAAGCCAACACGCCAUGGUCCGAAGUUUUCAAACACCUGGGCCCCAACGCUCUGGUGCUAUAGAACUAUCAGAUGAGAUUCUUUAUGUUUGUACUGUUUUGCACUAAGAUUGCCAAGUCUGGGAAAGUCAGUCCACCUUUCGAGAAACCAGUGUCUUCUGAAGUCGGGCGUCCGUAACUUCAAUUUUCUUUUGUGUUUCCUAGGAUCCAUUUGCUGUCUGCCAGUUCAUCCUUCUCACAUUACAUCUCUUCUUGUGAGAGAGAAUCAUAGCUUCCAAAGCCCUCCAGCAGAACCAAGCGUGCUCAAGUGCACCAUGCCUGCACUUGUAUAUCCUGUAGUAGCCCAUUCAAUGCUGAUUUCGCUUCUACACCG